CUGGCAGGGAAACAUUUCAGUGCUGGCUGGCGCUGUCCUGUGCAUGUAGCUGUCCAAGGUGCUACCACUCCUGGGUGUCACUGCAAAACUCACGCACCUUGUAAUUUGCUUGUUUGCUUUGCCUGUCAGCUCACCUCCUGCCUCUUACACACAAUUUCGAUUUCGUGGUGUCUCCUCAUUACACUGUUCUCUUGGCAGGAAGGAACCAUGGUGUUUGCUCCAGAUGUCAAGUUCCAGAACCAAGGGGAGAAAGUAAUAUCUUUUAAAUCCAAGUCAUGCAUUUUGGGGAUAAAUCUGGAACUGGACAGGAAGAAACAAAACUGCAGAAUGCCAGCAAACUGAUAGUGCACGCAGCCAUUCAGCAGGCAGUCCAGCAGCUCUCUCAGGAGAGCCGCCAGAAGGAAAAAGGCGCAGACAGCAGCGUGAGCCUGCAGUUUGAAAGAGGGCAGUUGACCAAGAAGCACGAGAAGAAGUAAGAGACCACCACUGUUGCUCACGGAUCAUCCAAAUGGCAGCCCUUCCAGCUUCUUAGAACCAGCUUGUGUUGUCAGUGCAACACAACCACAGAAAAGCAACCCAAAGUAUAAUCAGCCACUAGUGAUAGUUGCAGUAGUCCAUGUUGAGAAAUAGGGUUUUAAGAGCAUUACGUAGCAUAGCUAACGUUGAUGCAGUUCCUCUCUCAUUACUAAAUAAUGCGAUAGCAGCUGACUAGUGUCCAGCACAAGCCCCCCCUAAACUAAGGUUCUGUAUUCAAAAUGUCCUUACAUCUCUGUCUGUGUCAUCAAUAUAUAGUCAGCUGGAAGACAUCUGUAUGGUUCCAGUUUCCCAAGAAUCUAAUAUAUUGAGACAU